CCCCUCCGCAGGACACGCCUCUCGGCUGAAUGGAGUGCGUCGCGCGUAAAGUCCGACCUGUAGCAGAAACAAACUUUUCUGUUUCUCGGGAGUUUUUUUCUUUUUUAAAAUAAGUAUCCAUUUGGCGCAACCGAUCGGUCUUUAGACGACUAAAUGCAGCGAUGACUCGAGAGGAAGAUCUCAUCCGGAUUGCAAAAAAACUGGACAAGAUGGUGUCUAGAAAUAACACGGAGGGCGCCAUUGACCUGCUGAAGGAGCUGAAAGGCGUCAAUAUGACUCUCAAACUUCUACAGGAGACGAGAAUUGGAAUGUCUGUUAAUGGUAUCAGGAAGCACUGCACAGAUGAAGAAGUGAUUGCUUUGGCAAAAGUCCUCAUUAAAGACUGGAAAAGACUUCUGGACUCUGGCCGCUCUCAUCCCGAGAAAUCGUCUGAGACCAAGAAUGGUUUGAACUCCAGCAAAACGGCAGCUUCUCCAAACAGCUCUCCCUCGGAGACGCAGAGCAGUCACAGCGAGCAGGAAGUCAAACUAAAACAAGACUCCGAUCAGAACAAAAAACACGCUAAUACAAUCAGGAAAGACAAACACAAUGAUGGCCAUGAAAUCAAAAAGAGACAUGCUGACGACCUCGUGGAAGAAAAGCACCUGGAGGACCUUGGAAAUGCAAAACAUCUGCAGGAAAUCAGGAAAGAGAAACAAGCACCCCCAGAAAAUCCCAACGUGGAGGUCGAUAACAAGAAGCCGAAGCCUGCGCAAGACCCACGGGGUGAGAAGCACAAGUCGGAGCCGAGAAGAGGGAGACCAUUAGAGGAACCAAAAAAGACGAGGCACGUGGAAGAGCUCAAAAAGGAGAAAAACCCCACGGAGCUCAAGAAGUGCAGCUCUGCAGAUGAGAUGAGGAAGGACAAACCGAGAGAAGAAAACAACCACGAGAGGCUCACCAGCACACCUCAGAGGGAGAGACCUCUGAGCGAGCCUCAGAGAGAGAGACCCACUGACCCCCACAAGCCCUUGUUUGAAAGGAGAGGUGUGCUGGACAGCAGUGUGCUCUAUCCCACCCGUUUCCCCUCUCCUCCUCGACCCGCUCGGCCUCCUCCCAUCAAACGCCCCGCCAUGGAUUUUCUGAAAGACAGGAAGGAUGGCAAAGACUCUUCCUCCCGACCUCCUCGCCCUCACGCUCCCCGACCUCCUUCUCCACCAACUAAACGACCUCCUGUGGAAGUAAAGAAGGAGAGGAAAGUUCCAUUGGAUCCAAACGCUCCGAUUGCUCCUCUUCCUCUUCACCUACAUCCUCCUCCUCCCUUAAGAAAAGAGCCUCCUGACCCCAACGCUCCUCUUCCUCCGCUUCCUCUUCACCUUCACCCUCCUCCUCCUACGAAGCGGCCCUCUCUAGAUGGAAUGAAGGAGAGAGACAGCAGGAAGGAGUCAGACUCUAAGCUGCUUCCUCCACAGAAAAAGACGUCAGAUCAUGUGAAGAAAGACAGGAAAGACUCAGUGGAUACCAAAAUGUCUAGAAAACAUUCAGAUGAAACCAAAAGAGAAAGGAAAGAUUCAUCAGACUCUAAAUCCCCCCCUCCCAAAAAGCCCACCCUGGAGGCCAAAAAAGACAAACACAGAAAGGACUCCUGUGAGUCAAAGCCUGGCCAACCUGUGAAACGUCAUUCAGCUGACAGACGGGAAUCGACUGACUCAAAGACGAGCAGCUCGCCAGCAGCAAAGAAGCUAACAGGAGAAAGGAGAGAGUCUCAGGGCUCGAAGGCUCCUCAGCUUGGACCUCUACAGAGGAAGCCCUCUACUGACAGCAUCGAAAGAAAGAGUAAAUCCGAGGCUCCCAAAACUCCCACUACCCCGACCAGCCCCAUGUCACCCAGCUUCAGUUCUCCUGGGGGUCCGCUGUCCCCUCACCUGGCCACUGGAGACUCCAUCAGAGACAAGUGCAUUGAGAUGCUGGCAGCUGCCCUGCGCACAGAUAAUGAUUACAGGGAAUUUGGAGCUAACUGUGAGGGCAUGGCAGCAGAGAUUGAAGAUCAUAUCUACCAGGAGAUAAAAGCCACUGAUAUGAAGUAUAAGAACCGAGUGAGGAGCCGCAUCAGCAACUUGAAGGACCCGAAGAACCCAGGCCUUCGCAAAAAUGUCCUCGCAGGAAGCAUCGAGUUACGCCGCAUCGCCACCAUGUCUGCUGAGGAAAUGGCCAGCGACGAGCUGAAACAGCUGAGGAACGUGCUCACCCAGGAGGCCAUCAGGGAACACCAGAUGGCUAAAACUGGUGGCACCACCACCGACCUGCUGCAGUGCGGCAAGUGCAAGAAGAAAAACUGCACCUAUAACCAGGUGCAGACACGCAGUGCUGAUGAGCCAAUGACCACAUUUGUUCUGUGCAAUGAGUGUGGCAACCGCUGGAAGUUCUGCUGAUGCCAUCAAAGGUCACCCCUCAUUUUUUUUUUCCUGAGCAAACUGAGAAGCUUAUUUUCUAUAAUGGGAUGGGAAUGGAGUUUAUAAACUGUUGCAGCUAGUGAUUUAAAGUGAUGAUGUUGUUCUUAAGAUUUCCAUUUUAUCUUUUUUUUUUUUUUUAGAUUUAUAAGCAUGUGCUAAUAAUCAGAGUUUGCUUUAUGCAGCUUUGAGAACUAAGAGUGUAUGACAGUUUGAUGACUGAGUCAUUAAAUAAAUCUAGCUGUAACUUAACAAUAAUCAUGGUGCUGUCAUGAUGGAGAGAAUCAUAAUCCAUUUAAUAAGCUGUGACAUAUUACGACUGCUCACUUUGUACAUAUCUAAAGCCAAUAAAACUGCAUC